GUGGAGGACGGUCUGGACUCCGAUGGAGUAACUCAGUCCGUCUACAGCCUUCAGCUAAAUUCAACCACCCGAUCAUUCCUCCUUGAACGAUCCAGCGCCCCAAGUAAGUUGGAGCCGGAUUCGAGUUCUCAAGUUUCAUCGGUUCUAUUUGGUCGAUAACAGACGAGACAGUGAUUACGAUAUUGAUUGAUACACAGUAAGCGAAAGAUAAUCAAAGAUGUGGAGGAGGAUUUUAAUGUCGAUCGCUUUCACGGCGAACCUGUGCCUAGCUCAAGACUAUGAAGUUUCGGAAAUUCAAUGCAGUCUCGCAGGCUCGGGGUCCGAUUUGUUGACUGCCAAGAUACGCCGUCCCGUUGGCUUCAAAGGCGCCCCAUUAUUCGCGGACGACAGAGCAGCGAAUCCGCUCACGGAUCCGAGCUGCCAAAUUAGACCGGAUCCCACCGACCCACAAGAGGAUAACUACCUUCUCAAGGUCACGGACUUCUCCCGUUGCGGUAUUCUCAAGAGAAACGAAUUCAUCCAUCUCAGAGUAUGGUUCCCGGCUUUCCCAGGCGUUGUGAUGCUAGCUGAUCAAGAACUGAUCCUGAUGUGUAGACCUCCUGAGCCAACGCUGCUGCGACACAAAGCCGCGGGCUUUGCUGGAACGUUCCCCCACGGAGCCCGGGUUUCCGGUGUUGUCGAGGAGACACCCGGCCGGUUGGAGUACGAGGUCGCUUUGUACCGAGAGGCGGUGGGAAACGCUUCCGAUCCUAAUGCCGCCUCCCAGACGGUCGACCAGGCGGUUCCGAUCGGUACAAAGCUGCAGUUGCGGGCGAGAAUAAGCUCCGAAAGCGCCUGGGGGCACAUCAAGCUCCUCGAGGUGACCGUCAGCCCCGAUCCCGACGAGCCCCACGCCCCAGGAAGCGUAGCCCUGGUCAAGGACGGCUGCAGGAACAGGGACUUUGCCUCGAUAAUUCCACACCAGCCAGCGAGGUACCGGGGGAAGAAGAACGAGGUCUUUCUCGACUUCGAGGCGUUCCUCCUUAGCUCGAUGAGGGAAAGGUCCACCCUCUGGAUACAUUCGCAGAUCAAGGCGUGCAUGGAGGCUCAAGACUGCCAGCCAUCUUCACAGGAAUUUUGUCUGGACCUGUUCGAGCCUGCCGGACACGGUAAAAGAAGAAGGCGUUCUUUGGAACCGGAUGUGCAAUUACCCAGCGCUCAAAAGCUCGUUAAGAAGUUCAACGAUUCUGUACCGUUCACAAAAUUCAAGGAAAACAUUGAGUACACAGUUUUGAUGCCAGGCGAUCUGUACGAGAAAGUAGCGGGACUUGAAGGCAGUUGCGGUAGUUUUUUUUACCUUGCUUCCGGUCUUGGAGUGCUCCUCGUGUUCUCCGCGUUCAUUAUGUGUUACCUGGCAUCGCGACUUCACAGCGUAACUUCCGGUGCAACACAUAACAAGACUAUCGACGACCUCGUCAGAGAACGUGCGCGAAAAUUUUCCGAAACGCAGGGGUAUACGGGACGUUCAACGGUGCAAUAAUAUUAUAAUUGCAAAUGAAUAAUUAUUAAUAGAUAUACGUAAAAGAAACAAAAAAUACACCAACGUAUAAUUGCAUACGUAUAAACUACGUAAAACUGGACUACAUCUUAUUAGACAAGAAAUUUUGGUAAUUUUUUAAUUAAUAUCAUUAUGUCACUGUUAUUAUGAUAUAAUAUUAUUAUUAUUAUUGCAAUCACUGCAAUUUGUACAGAAUUUUGUUAAUUGAGAAAUUAUGCAUAGAUGUACCAGUUUUACGUUUCUAUGCUGUGAUACGUAUAACGGUGAAACAAAUCUGAAAAAUGCAUGAAAAAAACACUCGAACUAGUCUAUUGUAUAAAUCGCGAUUACUUAACUACACCUGUAUACAUUGAAGAAGGAAAGAAAAAAUCAUACCCCAGUGAGUAUAUACAAUACACGUCAAUGUUUUUACUAAAGCUAUUAUAAAAUUCAUAAAAUUCUACUCGAGUGGAAAGUUUAGAGUUUUUCGAAAGGUUCUGAGGAGAUAUUGAACGAAGAAAUCAAAGAAAUAAAAUUUCAGCGGAAAUCGAAAUUUUAGAGGAAUACUCGGAAAUUGCAAAAUGUACAUAGAAAGAAUAGUUUUGUGGAAAAGUGUUGAAGUUACGGGGGAAAAAAAUAAACGACAGUCUAUAACGAAUCGGCAAUUUUCUGAAGGUGAAUUUGAAAAUAAGAUAAAUACUGAAUCUUUGGAAUCUGUUUUUUACCAAAAAAGUUAUACUCAAGUACAUAGUAGUUUGAGUACUAAGUAUCAUUAAUCGAUUUCGCACCUUGAGAAAAAUAAAAUUUUCCUAUACAUAUGCAUCAACUUCAAGACUUUGCCACUUUUUGUCGUCUAAAACACACAAAUUCUAUUUACUUACGAUUAAUCUAAUUUCGCGAUUUAUCACGAUAUACGUAUACGAAUAAGUAUACACAUAUAAGUUACACCUAACACACGUACAUUAAAUGUACAUUUAGAAUUAAAAUUUAGUCACAUUAAAUAUCAAAUCAGCUGCACAGCACGGCCGCAUAAAUUUUUAUUCUGUUUCCACAAUUAAAAAAAUAUCGAAACCGGAAUUUCAAUUUAUUGUCUCACAUUGUCAUUAUCACGUAACAAAGAAAAUAUAUAACACAUUUAAUCCAAUGAUGGAUUAAAGCAAUGCUAUUACGUGACCUGAGCAAAUGAACUCAAUAUAUGUAUAUUUAUAAGCACGCUACAUCCAUGUGAUGUGUAGUACAUAAUAGUGUUGCACGUCUAUCACGGUAUAGACAAGUGAAUGAAUAAAUACAUAGUUAAUUAUUCAUGUAAUCAAUAUAAGAUAUGGUUUUUGAAAUUAAAUUUACAGGCGCUAAAUGAUGAGGGCUGGGUUGUGGGGACUGCGUACUUUUCGUAUUAUACACUUACACAAUCGAUAUUCACUAUGUAAAUAUGUACACACAACACGAUUGGAAAAAAACGUAAAAAAAAGGACCAAAACCGUGGAACUUUUAUGAGGGGAUACAUUUUAGCAGGUGUGUAAU